UCGCCAAUCGCCCGCGAAUCACGAUUGCAUCCGGAAUAAGGAUGCGGAGUUCUAACAGAUCCCGUUGAGUUAAGAGUUCCUGCCUACGAUGUUCGUGCGGCUCUGGAUCCGGAGCUUCCACAUCUAUGACCUGCUCUUCGCCAUCGGCCUGAUCACGCUCAUCGUGUAUUUGUGUCUACCAUUUCGGUUUGCAUCCCACUACGAGUACAUCGAGGGCUCACAGAUCGAGAAGGCUUUAUUGCCACAGGUAACACGCAAUGUGUCCCUGCAGGAGGUGUUUGAGUGCACCUACUCGGAGAUCAUUGCCGAGAACCGGUUCGUGUAUAAUCUGGCCCAUUACCACGAGGCCAUGCAGCACAGCGCUGAAAUUCGUCCAGGCGGCGAGUUCCGUCCGGAAGGAUGUCAGGCCCGCUACAGUACCGCCAUUAUUGUUCCGUACAGGCAGCGGGAGCAGCAGCUGCACGCCUUCCUCACCUACAUGCACAAUUACCUGCCGCAGCAGUUGAUCCAUUAUCGGAUUUUCCUAGUCGAACAAUUUGAUCAUAAGCCCUUUAACCGGGCUAUGCUCUUCAACAUUGGCGCUCAAGUAGCUGCAGACUACGGAUUUCCCUGCCUGAUCCUCCACGAUGUGGACCUUUUGCCGUUAAAUUCAGGUCAGAUAUAUGCCUGUACCGAACGUCCACGACACAUGUGCUCUGCCCUGGAUCACUGGAGAUUCCGAUUGCCGUAUCGUGGUCUGUUCGGAGGCGUAGUAGCUAUAAACACCGCCCAGUUCCAGCAGAUCAACGGAAUGUCCAACCUGUAUCAUGGUUGGGGCGGCGAGGACGAUGAUCUCUACGAGCGCCUACAGGCCUUAAGCAUUAACAUUUGUCGAUUUGCGAUGGAAUUUAGUGAGUAUACCAUGUUAAAGCACAAGCCGGAGCGCCCGAAUGCUAAUCGGGUAGCGCUUUUAAGGGCGGCGACUCUCCGCCAGCACUCGGACGGACUCAACUCGUUGGUGUACAAGGAGGUGGAGCGAAGAAUGCACAGUCUAUUCACGCACAUCCUGGUGGAGACCUGAGAGCCAGUAUUUGUUAUAUUUUUAGCUUAUAGGCCAAUCGUUUUCGUAGUCGGUAUUUCGAAUUGUUUUAGACUUGGGAGCACUUAGCUUAGCAACCGAUUAGCUGCCGCCUUAGACAAAUGCGUUCCGAAUCGAUCGUGAUAUCUCACUCACUAGGCUAAGAAGCUGGAAAGGAUGGGAGGUGUUGGAGCUGUAAUUAAAGUACAAUGCAGAUGUCUUAGAUUAAGCGGGUAUCGCCAUGUUAUGCACGCUCUGCCUCUGCCAAUAAUAAAUGGAUUAAACUUUAAAA